AUAUAUAAGGUACGUGUUCAAGGUCAUAGAAAACAACAUAUCAUCCAUCACAACAAGGAACAUAUCAUCCAUCACAACAAGGUCAUGGCAACUGUCUUUUUAUGCUUGUCUAAUCAAUUUUCGUCCCCAAAACCUACUACUCCUAGAUUUUCACAAAGUAAGAACUUCAUGUACCAAACAUCUCUUGCAAAUCCCAAUCCUUGGCAAGUUAUUUGUGCGAUGAGUUCUCAAUUUACCCAAAUGACACAACACAAUGGUCGACGUUCAGCUAAUUACCAGCAAAGCCACUGGAAAUUUGAAUUUCUGCAGUGUUUGGGAAAUGACGUUAAGCAUGUACAAAUGGAAAAUCUGGAAGAGAGAGCAAGAAAGGUGGAGGAGGAGGUGCGACGCAUGAUCAAUGGAGCAGACACAGAAGCAUUAAGGUUACUGGAAUUGAUUGACGAAAUCCAACGGCUGGGAUUGACCUACAAGUUUGAGAAGGACAUAUUCAAAGCCCUAGAGAAGACUAUUUCGUUGGAUGAGAAUGAGAAACACAUAAGUGGGCUUCAUGCUACUGCUCUCAGCUUCCGUUUACUUAGACAACAUGGCUUCGAGGUUUCCCAAGAUGUGUUUAAGAGAUUUAAAGACAAGGAAGGAGGUUUCAUUAAUGAACUUAAAGGUGACAUGCAAGGAUUAUUGAGUCUAUAUGAAGCAUCUUAUCUUGGUUUCGAGGGAGAAACUCUUUUGGAUGAAGCAAGAGCAUAUUCAAUAACACAUCUAAAAAACAACCUAAAAGUAGGUGUAAACACCGAAGUGAAAGAACAAGUUAGUCAUGCACUCGAACUUCCUUAUCAUCGAGGACUGAAUAGACUAGAAGCACGAUGGUUCCUUGAAAAAUAUGAGCCAAAUGAAUCCCACCAUCAUAUACUACUCGAGCUUGCAAAGAUCGAUUUCAAUUUGGUGCAAGUAAUGUACCAAAAAGAGUUGCGAGAACUGUCAAGGUGGUGGAGUGAGAUGGGGCUGACAAGCAAGUUGAAGUUUGUCCGAGACAGAUUAAUGGAAGUCUAUUUUUGGGUGUUGGGAAUGGCACCUCGUCCUCAAUUUAGUGAAUGUCGUAAAGCUGUCACUAAAACGUUUGCAUUGAUCGGCAUUAUCGACGAUGUAUAUGACGUGUAUGGUACUUUAGACGAGCUACAACUCUUCACCGAUGCUAUUGAGAGAUGGGACGUGAAUGCCAUGAAUACACUUCCAGACUACAUGAAGUUGUGUUAUUUGGCCGUCUAUAACACCGUCAAUGACACAUGUUAUAGCACCCUGAAAGCAAAAGGGCAUAACAAUAUGUCCUAUUUGACAAAAUCUUGGUGUGAAUUGUGCAAAGCAUUCCUCCAAGAAGCAAAAUGGUCAAACAACAAAAUCGUUCCAACAUUCAGUAAGUACCUAGAAAAUGCAUCCGUUUCCUCCUCAGGUAUGGCUUUGCUUACUGCUUCAUACUUCUCCGUGUGCCAACAACAAGACAUCUCAAACCAACAAGCUCUUUGUUCUUUAACUAAUUUCCAAGGCCUUGUGCGUUCCUCAUCCAACAUUUUUAGACUCUGCAAUGAUCUAGCUACCUCAGCGGCUGAGCUAGAGACAGGUGAAACAGCAAAUUCAAUAACGUGCUAUAUGCAUGAGAAGGACACUUCUGAGGAGCAAGCACGUGAAGAGUUGACAAAUUUGAUCGAUGCGGAGUGGAAGAAGAUGAAUCGAGAGUUCGUUUCGAAUUCUACACUUCCAAAAGCUUUUAAGGAAAUAGCUAUUAACAUGGCUCGGGUUUCCCAUUGCAUGUAUCAAUACGAAGACGGACUUGGAAGGCCCGGCUACACCACAGAGAACAAAAUCAAGUUGCUGCUAAUAGAUCCUGUUCCCAUUAACUAACUAAUUAAUGUUACUAAACAGUAUAUAAGGUUGAUAGGUUAAAUUAUAUUGCAUAUAUCCGUAUAUAAUUAAGUGAAAUACAUGCCAUAUAUCAAGUUGCUAGGAGUAUGUGUUUCCUAUUUGUAUUGUAAGUUGGGUUGCGCAUACGGGUUUGAUAGGUUAAAUUAUAUUGCAUAUAUCUAAAAUAAGUUCGGCUGAGUAUGUGUUUGAUAAGGUUGAAUUGUAUAAAUGUAAACAAAUUGGGUCGAGUAGCGGUUUAACAAUCCCAAACUUGAUAUUCAAUUGGACCCAAUUAUAUAUAAUAUUAAAAAAUGAUUUACUGUAUUGUUCAA